AUGGCGUACCCCAUGAGGAAUCGGGGCCAAGAUCAUGAAGUUGGCGAAUCGCUGAAUGUCAAUGAGGAGCUUUUGAGACGCAUGGGUGCUGAGCUAGGGCCUCUACUUUGUAUGAAGAAGGUGGAUGUAGCACUUGCUAUUGCAAAUGAAAUGACGUCUAUGGCUCCAGCAUCAUCAACAGCUGCGUUGUAUGAACCUUUGAUUACCAAGUUCAAGGAGCUCUUGGAUAGAAUGGAUGAAGCUACAGCAUCAAUGGCAACACUGUACGACAGCAUAACGAAGAUCGACUUCAUCGGCAGACUUCCUUUCGAUAUUGUGAUCCAUAUUGUUGAUUAUCUUUGGGGAAUCGUUUCCAACAUGGAGGAUGAUACGACACCAACCUUUCUAUAUGUGUCAAAGCAUUGGCGCCAAACGAUCCUCGAGUCCACACCAUUCUUGUCGUAUGAGCUACCAGCAACAAAGCUACUUGGCCAUAAGAACGCGACCCUAUCUUAUGCUUCUCGUAUUCGAACAAUGACAAUGUAUGGCAGCGUUAUAUCAUUUUCGCGAUUACUUGGGAUACAUCUCGUCAACCUCAAACAUCUUUGCAUUCAUAUACCUACCGAUUGGACAUCAUGCAUACGUCUCGAUCCAUCACGUGGGCGCGAUGUAUGUACUGCUGUACGGCACAAUUACAACCUGGAUGAAGUCAUGGAACGGUGUCCAAAUCUUGUGAGCUUGAAGUGGUGUGGAUGCGUGUUGAAUGGAGGGACAACAAAGCAAUAUCACCAGCUACGCGUAUUACAACUACGAGAUGACGAAGAUGAAAUCGAUGAACUGCUUGUAAAGUUGCCUUGUCUCGUUGUUCUCUCCAUUGAGGGUAUCCUUGACGUCGACUACCUGAAUCGAGUCAGCGGCUAUUGCCCAUCACUGAAGUGCCUCAAGUACAACGCACCCUAUGAUGACGUGCUCGAAUGGCCAUACGAAUGGGAUACGAGAUUGGAACAGGGCAUCCAAGAACUUUCUUUCCAUGAAGAAGACGAGAAUGAUCAUACGCAGUAUGUGGUUGACAACCUAGUGCACGCAUCCAAGACAUUGCGAUACCUGCAUGUUGGCGAGAAUCUCUUUGGCAGUUAUCAUGAAGCGAUGCCCCUGCCGCAAGACACAAUGUUCCCGCAAUUGAUUCGUUUGACUGCUGAUCCAGAGUACGAUGAUGAUGAACUUGAUCUUUUGCUCAGCAUUGUACGUCGUGCACCACGUAUUGAGACCAUCAAAUCGAUUCAAUCUUCACUAAAGUGGUAUCGUCCAGAACCAGUUGAUCUUAUUGCAUCUUGCACACGGCUUGUGGAGUCAAACGUCAUCAUGGAUGAUGAGAAUCAGGACCUGGAUGCUUUGCGAAGAUUCGUCAACACGCACAUUGAAAAGGGUACUUCUUCUACGUUAACAUCGCUGGCAAUAGCGCUAUGGAGCGAAGAAUGUGCCUAUGAGCUCUUACCGCUUCUCACACAAUUGACGUCGCUCGAAGAUUUGCAUCUCGCCAUCUCGCUUCAUUCACCAAUGCCAAUGAUUCUGGACGCCAUCAGUACCAGUAAUACAAUGAAGAUCAAGCAAUUGAAGAUCAGCAUUGUGGGGCGACACGUUGAAGAACCUGUAUUUGCUCGUUUACAUCAAGCACGCACUCUCAAAUCAUUAGUCAUCGAUGCCGACCACCUAUGGACCAUGGCAGCACUUUCACUUCUUGAGGUGACCCAGCUCACCCAUUUGCAAAUACCAUUUGAGGGCUUGGAUGAUUUGAUCAUUUAUGUCCUUCGCAAGGAGUUUCCUAAUAUGAAAGAGUUAGAGUCCCACCACAUAUGGAGAUGA